GACGACAUAAACUUGGAAAAUUUUAUUAUAUUUAUUUAUAUUGGACUGUGGCUCAUAUUUAGAUUAGAAUUAGAUGAGACAAAAAUCAAAAUUUGUUCGUUGAUAUUACUUUAUAAAUAUUUAGAUCUUGAAGUCAAUAUGCGCAAAAAAUCUGAGGACAAGCAACUUGGAACCUAGAAAACAUCUUAGUUCACUGUAAAUAAUUUUGGAUGAAGUGCCACAAUUUAAACUUAGUGCCACAUCUGAAUAAAACUCGAUAGAAGCGAAACACAAAAAUGACCUUAAGCUGACAAAUUCUUGAUUACAAUACUGAAAUUUUUGAUUCAAGCAAAGUUUAUACCUCUGUUAUAUUACUAUGGUUAUUGAAAAAUAUGACGAACCAAGAGAUGAUGCCAGCAUUCCACUUGCGCCUCCUGUUUUCCCUCAUGACUUCUUGGAAUCGUUCGAUGCAAAAGAAUUCAUAUGUGGUUGUGGCGCGGCAUUUGUGAAUAUUACAGUGUCAUAUCCAAUUUAUAAAAUGAUUUUUCGACAGAUGCUUCAUGGUGUUCAUAUUACAUCAGCAUUUGGCCAACUUAGACAUGAAGGAAUCGGUUAUCUUUAUCGUGGAAUGUUUCCACCACUUGCACAAAAAACGAUAUCACUAUCUCUUAUGUUUGGUGUGUUCGAUGGAACUAGACGAUAUUUUGUUGAUAAAUUUAAUAUGAAUUUAUAUGCAGCAAAAGUGCUCGCAGGAAUUGCUUCGGGUUCUGUUGAAGCUGCUUUAAUGCCAUUUGAACGUGUUCAAACGCUUUUAGCGCAUUCGAAAUUCCACGGGGCUUUUGCUAAUACCCCAGCAGCAUUUAGAUAUAUAUGGGUCAAUCAUGGAUUUCUUGAAUUGUAUAGAGGGCUUGUACCAGUACUUUGGCGAAAUGGACCCUCAAAUGCGUUAUUCUUUAUGAUGCGUGAAGAAGCCAUCAAGUACUUACCACAAAGAAACUCAAUGACCAAAAAGACAGUGCAAGAAUUCGUAGCUGGAGCUAUAAUUGGUGCUUCCAUAAGUACACUCUUUUAUCCUCUAAAUGUAAUUAAAGUUGCUAUGCAAAGUGAAAUGGGACAAAAACCAGCGAGUAUGUGGAUGACUUCAAAACGAAUUUACUAUGAACGUGGAGGACAAAUUAAAUAUUUUUAUCGUGGUUGCAUGUUUAAUUCAUGUCGUUCCUUCUUAAGCUGGGGUAUAAUGAAUACUGCAUAUGAAACCUUGAAAAAACUGGUGUCAUAAAUAUAGUCAUGCCGCAAGUAUUUUUUUAUCAUAGUUAAAGAUAUUCCUUUUGUAGUACAAUUUGUUUCUAAUACAAAAAUUGCAUAUAGAUUGUAUAAAGGAUUAUCAAACAAAUUAAACAAAUAUAGUAUUGGUGUAUACAUAGAGAGACGCCUAAAGAAAGCACAAGAUGCUAGUAUCAAAUAUUUGUAAAUAAAAUCCUAAAUGUUUUUGACUUAAAAUAUUUAAUAUUAUACCAAAAAAUAUUUUUAAA